UGAAGAAGAAGAAGGUAAAGUGUCAUUUUUGUGCGAAAUUGAAUGGGAAUUGUGUGGUUUUGUGCAUUUUUGGGCGGAAAAAGCGUGGUAAAAGUGAAUUAAAGUGCAGCAAAAGGAACUCUCAGUGACCACACGCUCUGCCCUUACUCAAAUCAUUCCACCGCGGGGAAAAGUGGUGCGGAAAAGCGGCGUAAAGUAGUGGGAAAACAAUGGAAUGCUAGAAACGUGUUUUCUUCGCUUGAUUCCGUCAAACAAACGCCGAUUUUGAUGCUGACCACAAACUCACUGCAUUUCCACGCAAUUCCAGGAGGUUCACAACAAUAACACCAGCACCAAAAACAGUGGCAAGAAGAUGGAUUACGGGGCAACACAGAAUGGGCUAUCCAAUGGUGAAGGGCAGUACGGUGGGCAGGCACAGAAGGUGACACUGAGACGACGCUGCCGCAGUGAAUGUCACCAAUUUUCAGGUGGUGACGAUGCAACGGAUGUCCCGAAUAGCUAUCAAGUGAAGCAACAACAUAUGCUGGGGCAGGAGAUGAAGCACAAGGGCGGUGGGGCGAUGCGAAAUGGGUAUCGUGCAAAAUACAGCCCACCGCGUCACAUUGUGGCAUCGCGAAAAUUGCUGGCACACACAAAGGAUGCCCAAUCGCAGAAUGUGAUAAGAGAAUUGGAUGCCGAAAGUGAGGAUCACAUCAAAGAGAACAUAUCGCGGUACACGGGGAAGUGUAAGAAGGAUCACGAGCAGGGGGUGGAACAGAAAAUAGCCAGUGGGGAUUUGCAUAAGAGGCGCACGCGACCACGGAGUGAGUCAGAGCCACAUGAGAUCUACAAAUCCACAAAUGGAAUUGAUAAAAAUAGGAAUGAUGAUUUGUCCCUCAAGCGUUCACGCGAAGAGGAUUCCCCGCCAAUGCACUAUCAGCUGAAACUAUCAAAUGGCCAUCAUGCACCAACGGAAUUUCCGGAAGAGGAGAAAAGUUCUCCAGUUGUAACGCCGAGAAAGGCAAAUGGAAGUUGCCUUACCUACACAUCGGGUAAAGUGUCGUCUGUGAUGAAUGGUGAUGGUGCUGCGGAGGUGGGGCACGAUGAGGAAGUGCACAAAGUCACCACAAAGGCGACAGUGGUGAAGGAUGUGGAGGAUUCGCAUUCGGAUAUGUCGGACACGGAAUGUAGUAGCUUGGAUGGGGAUGCAAUGGCAGCCAAUGGGGUGGAUUUUGAUGAGGAAGACGUGUACGAUUUGAUGUCGCAGUCAGAUGAUGUGGAUCCAGAGAAGAUGUUUAGUGCCAAUAUAUCGGUGGCGAUUCAGUCAAAAGUGAAUUUGCCACCUGUGGAUGACCAUCAAGCGCUCAUUGCUGUGCCCGGGAAGAAAUUUUCACCCGUAACUGGACCCAUUUCACCAAGUAUGUUCCCACAUGUGCCACCAUUUCUCACAUUUUCAUCGGAUACAGAGCCAGGACCGCCGAUGCAUCCGCUUGUGACGAAAAUACUCAAAUGGAAGGUGACUGCCGUGACGCCAAUUGUCGUGAGGAAGGUUCUUCUCAACUCAGGAUUUAGAUUACUCAAACAAACAAACGACUGGAUAGGUGUAUGGGGGAAGCAUAUGAAGAGCCCACAAUUCCGCACAAUUCGCUCGUACCAGAAAUUCAAUCAUAUUCCGGGAACGUUCCAAAUAGGCCGAAAGGAUCGCGUAUGGCGAAAUUUACAACUUCAAAUGGCGCGCAAUGGGAAGAAGGAGUUUGGUUUUAUGCCACGUACCUACAUCCUGCCGCAGGAUCUCAAGACACUGCGACAGAUGUGGCCACGCUACAGUCAGCGUGGUGUGAAGUGGAUUAUCAAGCCACCAGCUUCGGCACGCGGGACGGGCAUUAAGGUGGUCAAUAGGUGGUCACAAAUCCCCAAGAGACGUCCUAUAAUUGUUCAGCGCUACGUUGAGCGUCCCAUGCUGAUUGAUGGGAGCAAAUUUGAUUUGCGACUGUACGUUUUAGUGACGUCGAUGAAUCCACUCAAGGUCUACAUGCACACAGAUGGUCUAGCGAGAUUUGCAUCGGUGCGCUACAGUGAGAAAGUUGAUACCCUCAGCGAUCGGUAUAUGCAUUUGACGAACUACAGUAUUAACAAGUUGUCCGCCAACUAUGCAAAGAAUGAAGACGCAGAGGCGUGCAAGGGGCACAAGUGGACAAUUAGAUCGCUAUGGAGCUACCUUGAGGCUGGUGGGGUGGAUACAGAGAGGCUCUGGGGUGCACUGCGGAAUCUCGUAAUACGCACACUUAUUGCUGGUGAGACACCAAUACAUAAUCUCACGAAGGCAAAUAUGCUAAGCAAGUACAAUUGCUAUGAGUUGUUUGGGUUUGAUGUACUCUUGGAUUCGGAUCUCGUCCCCUGGCUCCUUGAGGUGAACAUCUCCCCGUCGCUGCAUUCAUCCUCGCCGCUCGAUCUUCAUGUCAAGGCACCCCUGGUGCGAGCCACCCUCAAUACGGCUCUGUACCAGGUACCGCCAAAAUUGACUGAGGAGAAGCAGCAGGAAGUGCUGCAGACACUCAAUAUGCAGGGUCCACUGUGUAUGGAUAAGCGUAUGUACACAACAACAUUGGCAAGGAGUGAGAGGAUCAAGCACAAUCACUACACAAGCAGGGAGCUCAACAGAGAAGACUACCUCGAAGGCAUUCUGGAUACUCUAACGGCAGACGAUGUGCGCUGCUUGAUCCUCAUGGAGGAAGAGCUGUCACGGUGUGCACCCCUCGAGAGGAUCUUCCCCGCACCUAGUAGUCACAAAUAUCUCACCUACAUGGACAAUCCGCGGUACUACAAUCGCCUCGUGGAUGCCUGGGAGACAAAGUACAGCACCCAACGUUCUGAGGGCAUUGCACGCCUUCAGGAGCUCUGCAGCAAGAAGAUUCAUCUGCAAGUGCCACCAGCAUCCGUUAAAAAGGCCAAUUUAGGUCAAUUCACGAUCCUGGAAUCACCAUUGAAAUGCAGAAAAUUUUCUAGAAAAUUUCUUCGUCUCAAUGCAACGUGUCUCCCCAGAAUUACGGGGCGGAGAUUUUGUAAAAAUUAAGAAAAACUAGAAGAAAUCGCAAAAAAAAAUUUAAUUGGGAAUUUAAAAAAAAAAAGAGAAAUUUUGAAAUUAUAAAAAAAAUAAUAGAUGUGGAAACAAGUAGAUUUUUGCAAUUUUCUAAUGUAGUUUAGUAGUUUUCUUUAUUUUGAAUUACUAAAAUUGAAUUUUUUUAUUAUAACUUUUGUUGAAUUUAAAUGAAAAAACUUUAAAUUGUCUGUAGGCAAUGAAUUGUCAUUAUAUUGACGUAAAAGAAAAAUAUCUGUCAAUUUGACAUUGAUUUCAUCAACGCGAAAAAUCCCGAAAGCACUUCGGCAGGUAUUCGUUUGUGAAAAAUGACAAUUCCUUGUCUAAAAUUUAAAAAUUUAUUGAAAUUCUGUUAGAAAAGAAAUUAAAAAAAAACGAUUAUUUAUUAAAUAAAUAAAUAUUUCUAGUAAUGACAAAUUAGAAGGAAGUUUAUUAAUCUUUUCUUACUUAGCUUUUAAUCACGUUGAAUUCGUAUAGAAAAACUUCCAUCGAUUGAAAUAAUUUUUUUAGAAAAAAGAAAAUCGAUAAAUUAGUUUUUUUUUACUUGUUUGUCUUGUUUUUUUUGUCCUUUGCG